AUGCAAUUCGGCAAGGUUUUGGGCGAGGCGUGUGCCACGUUCGCCAUUACCAACAUCGACGACCUCUUUGUCUUGAUCACCUUCUUCGCCGAAGCGACAACAAGCAGAGUUCUGACCCCGUGGAAAAUUGUCAUUGGCCAGUAUAUCGGAUUCACCAUCAUCGUAUGCAUCAGCAUGAUCGGCUUCGGCCUUUCGCUCGUGUUGCCCUCCGAGCCCAUAGGCUUUCUCGGCCUGUUGCCCAUCCUUCUUGGCAUCUGGAAGUUUUCAAAUCUCUUCCUACCUCAAACAGAGGAAGAAACCCAAGUAUCUACAGCUUAUGGGGCAAAAGGCAUAUUCAAAGUCACUCUGAUCACACUUAUGAACGGCGGUGACAACAUUGGAACCUAUAUCCCUUUGUUCUCCCAGGUCCAGCGAGCAGAAAUAGCAGUAUAUGUUGUAGUGUACUACAUUUUACUUGGCUUACUAUGCUUGGGGUCAUUCUUGGUCAUGAGACAGAAGCACAUCUUGGCAUUGAUCCAGAAAUACGUCGACUAUGUUAUCCCUCUUCUCUACACCGGUCUCGGCAUAUUCAUUAUCAUCAAGUCUGAAUGCUACCCUUGGUCUAUCGAACAGAUUGAUAAGUCUGUCGCUAAAGAUCUAGGACAAGGCACCAUGGCCGGCGCGACGGUCUUCGUCAUUCUGGCGGCUUCAUGUGGGAUGGCUUGGUACACUGUGGCGAAAAGAAAAAGUCACGCCCCGGGCCCGGAUAUCAGCCUUGCAACACCACCUACCUCUAUUCUUGGCAGAGAAGUUACUGGGGAACUCACGGGCUCAUCGGGCACAACGCCACGCACGCCUGCCGACAUAGAUCAUGCCCCUGUCGAGGUUUCGCCAGCCAACGCAGACGAGGAGGACCAUUCUCGCAAUGCUAAAAAGUCUGCUCACAAUUCUGAUAUUGAAAUCCGUUGA